AGAGAGAGAGGAAGCAAAAGCAUGGGAAGAGGGAGGGUGGUUCUAGAGAGAAUAGAGAACAAGAUCAACCGCCAAGUAACCUUCUCAAAGCGCAGGAGUGGAUUGCUGAAGAAAGCUUUUGAGCUUUCUGUGUUAUGUGAUGCUGAAGUUGCCCUUAUCAUCCUUUCAAGCCGUGGCAAGAUUUUUCAGUACAGCAGCACUGACAUUAACAAAAUCAUUGAGAGGUAUCGCCGAUGUCGUUACAACAAUUCACAUGAUGGCAAUUUAUUUGAACAUGAAUCACAGAGCUUAUACCAGGAGUUCUUAAACAUAAGAGAGGAAUAUGAAUCUCUUGAGCGCACACAAAGGCAUUGUCAAGGAGAAGAACUUGAGCCUCUUAGCUUGAAAGAAUUGCAGAAACUUGAGAAACAACUAGACGGAACGCUCACACUAGCUCGACAGCAGCAAACGAAGAAGCUCAUGGCACGAGCGGAAGAAUUACGCGAAAAGGUGCACAACUUGGAGGAGCUUAACAAACAACUGGAAUACAAGGAAAGAGACAUAUUAUCAAGCCUCGUCGCUGAUAAUAACAGCCAUGUUCAGUUGCAUGCUACACAAUCCAAUCAAGUUGAAUCAGGAACAACCUUAAGCACACGGUUUCGGCACCAGGAAGCUGCUUCAAAGGGAAAAGCAAUUGGCACAAGGACAGAGCGUAGUCAGAGCAGCGAAAACAUAAACAAUGGAUGGCUGGUGUGAAUGUUCAUUUACUUUAUGUAUUCAUCAAAUAAUUCUCUCAAAAACUUAUUGAGUGCCUAUAUAUUGGUGUCACACAUAUCUGGAAAUGUAUUAUACAGUAACUCUUAUUUAUGCUAAA